CCACGGCGGAGUGCAGCGCGCUGUCGUUCGCCCAAGCAAGCAUGAUGGCCACCGCAUUGUAGCAGUGGUUCCGCUCCACUGCGGUACGAUGCCAAUUCAAGAGCGCCGUCCGCAUCUCCGGCCUGGUCACUUUCACAGCAGCCUACCAUUGCAUCCGCAUCUUCAACUCGUAGGUGGAAGCCUACACAGACCAGGUGGGCACGCCCGACCCUGAGCUGACGGGCGUGCCUUUCAAUGAUGCCUACCGUUACAUGGACUGGCUGUUGACGUCGCCGUUGCUACCGAUCGAAAUUCUGCUGAUCUUGGAGCUGGACGACAAGACGUACAGCAUCAAGUCCAAGACGUUGGGCGUCGGCUCCGCCCUGAUGAUCGUCAGCGGUUACUAUGGCGAGCUGACCGUGACCGGCGACCUGACUUCGCGCUGGAAAUGUUCGGGUUUGCCCAUGUGUUUCUUCGUGUUCAUCGUAUACGAGUUGCUGGUUGGGUUGAAAGCGGCCGCCGACAGCGAAAUCGAUCCUGCGAUCAAAGGUAAGAUCCAACUUGCGCAGGCGAUGACGGUGAUCAGUUGGUGCACCUACCCGGUUGUGUACCUUGUCCCGAUGUUUGGAAGCACCGUUUCCAAUGCUGUGGUAGCCAUCCAGAUUGGCCUUUGCGUCUCGGACAUCAUAUCCAAGUGUGGCGUCGGCCUCGUAAGCUACCAGUUCACAUAUGCCAAGUCGACUAAGGGCGAGGCCCUGCUUGGUUGAGCCGCCUAGCGGUGGCGCGGGCAGACGAGGUGGACGACUACCAGAGCUACGGUUGCGAUUUUGUUCCGUGUGUCAGGGAUUGGCAAUGUGUUGGCCCGCCUGCAAGUUUCAAAAUUCCGCCCGCCCGCCUUUCCGCUCAGGUCUGCCGACCAUGCCUCGUAGCAAUUUUCUAUGUGGUUUCGACGGCUUCUGUAAGGCCACCGCGCGCAAUGUAAGUUUUCAUCAGCGAGGCCCACUGACAGUCAAUUGUCGGUGAAGUGGGAUUUGUAAAGCGUGUGCAUGGCAUUCCCCCAUCGCCCGCGCUGACAGAUCGCGAAGAGG